AUGGAGUCUCGCCAACGCAGUCCAACCCCGCUUUUGAAGACGUGUCGCACAUGCGCCCACGCCAAAAUCAAGUGCGAUCGUUCCCAGGACUCCAACGUCUGCGAUAGAUGCCUCCGGCUGGGCAAAGAUUGCACAUAUGCUGUGGCCCGCGGGAGGAAGCCGCCCGGACCGCGUUCCAGCCUUACGCCCGAUCAAACCCGGACUCCUCCGCAGCUUGCUGCCUCAUCUGGUGGUUCAUCCACUCAACAUCCCCGAGCCGGUGAUGCCGGUCCAGCCGGUCGUGGCCUUGGCACCGGCGUACAUGACCCGUUCGAGGCCGGCCAGCUUUCUAUCGACAAAGGCCAGGAGCUUCUUGAGAGGUUUCGUACCAAGUUGACACCUCACUUCCCAUUCAUCAUCAUACCAGCAUCAGAAAAUGUGAGCUCUUUGAGACAGUCAAGGCCAGCUUUGUUGCUCGGCCUUCUCGCUGUCUCGUCAUACGAUGAUGUCCGGCUGCAGCGAGCACUGGGCCAGAUGUUCAACGACCUCAUCGCGGUCCGCUUGGUGAAGGGUGACUUUGCCUGUCUCGACGUACUCCAGGGCCUCCUCGUCCAUCUCGCCUGCAUAGUGUCUGAUCUGCGUUUCGAUAGGCCAAAAAACCCGAAACGUUGGAACGUUGAGGGGAUGAGCACUUCACAAGACUAUGUCGACUCGUUAGAUGAACGUAGGACGUUUCUUGGGACGUAUUAUCUUUCAUCAUGCACAAGCAUCGUGCUCCAGAAGCUUCGCAUAGUCACCCUUUCGAGUUAUAUCACCGAAACUGCGGAGAGGCUAGCGGAGAUCUCCGAGUACCCCACUGAUCAGUACCUUCCGUACAUCAUCAGCCUACAGCGGUUAGCCGAAGACAUUGACGACAUUGUGAAGAAUGAGUCGACAUUGGAUCCUAUGCAGAUUCAAGCUGCGGUAUCAGAAGCUAAGGAAAGGGUCGACGUGUUCAAGGGUGGGCUGACCUUCGCUCUUGGCGAUUGUCCAAUCUUGGUACCUCAAUUACACACUAUCCAGCUCUGCUUGAACCAGCUGAGUCUACCGGAGACACCGUUUGGUCUCAAUAACCCGCAAAACGCCCCAAUGCAGCGAUUCAUCGCAGGUUUAUCCGAGAGCAUAGUAUCGGCCAAGUCGCUCGUUAGUGUCCUCCUCCAUACACCUCAUGGACAAGAAGUAUACUUCCCGAACAUAGUCUGGGUAAUGCUGCAUUGUGGCUUCACUCUAGCCGCACGACUGGAUCUGCUAGCUGCGGAUCCCCGGGUAGGGUUCAUGGCGGAGCACUUGAGGCAAUUUGCAGACAUUGCACACACCAUCCGCCAGGUCGUGCUCAGGCUCGACGCCGCAAGUUCACCAGACCUUGAUGACAGAGGCGACCGCGACAGUUUCUACCACUUUGCGAUUCGUGCAAAACGGGUCGAAAAGUUUUACCUCCAUGCUCAGAGUCAGGCUGCGGCUCAGCAACAAGCACAAGCCCAGCAGCAAGAAAUUUCGCCCCAUAGUAUUCACGCCAGCCUGCCAGCGUCUACUGCAGGGUUUACGACCAUGGGUACACCAGGCUCGGAUUUUUCAAAUCAAAACCCAAGCCUAGAUUACACAGUCGCGUCUUCCAUAUUCUCGCAGAACAUGGUGCCGUCGGGCGGGAAUGUCGCGUACCCGGACUUUUCUAUGGCCAACACCACGACACUGGUCUCGAACCCCGAUUUCGUCAUGGAUACCCUCUCUUUCUUACCAGAUUCUUUCAUUCCUUUCAGAAGCUGGGGCAACGGUAUGGGCAAUGAACACAAUGGCGGAGCGCAGUUUUAG